GCUAAAGGUAGUAAACAGUCUAUGGCGAUGGCUUGAAUUUGUGACACUGUUGUGUUCCAUAGUAGUUGAUAAUGUAUUCCAUUCAGCCCAAUGAAAUUACGAACCGAAAGAUGCCUGCAUUUUUGCAGAGCAUCGAAGUUGAAAAUUUUAAGUCUUAUCGCGGUAAAUUCACAAUUGGACCACUUAAAUCGUUCACUGCAGUUGUUGGUCCCAACGGUUCUGGUAAAUCGAAUUUUAUGGAUGCCAUCAGUUUUGUUAUGGGAGAGAAGACCUCUGCAUUGAGAGUUAAAAGACUGAGUGAUCUUAUUCAUGGUGCUUCUAUUGGGAGACCUAUUUCUAAAGUAGCUUCAGUGACUGCUGUAUUUUUGAUGGAAGAUGGUGCUACCAAACGCUUUACAAGGACAGUUCAAGGUUCGUCUUCUGACUACAAGAUUGACAGAGAACCUGUAUCCACUCAAAAAUAUUUGGGUGACUUAGAACAUAUAGGCAUCAACGUGAAAGCAAAAAACUUCCUUGUGUUUCAAGGAGCUGUUGAAUCUAUAGCAAUGAAAAACCCAAAAGAAUUAACUGCACUUUUUGAAGAAAUCAGCGGGUCUGGAGCACUAAAAGAAGAGUAUGACCAUGUUAAAUCUGAAGUGUUAAAAGCUGAAGAAGAAACAAAUUUCACUUACUUAAAAAAACGAGGUGUUGUCGCCGAAAGAAAAGAGGCGAAAAUGGAAAAGGAUGAAGCCGAAAAAUAUCAACGACUAAAGGAUGAGUUGGUUGAAAAAGAAGUAGAAUAUCAAUUGUUUAGGCUUUAUCACAAUGAAAAUGACAUCCAGUAUUACGAAGGCGAGUUGGCUAAAAAGAAAAAAGAUGUAGAAAAAGUUGAAAAAAAGAAGGAGCAGGCUGAAGAAGUGUUAAAGGAAAAAAAGAAAGAACAAGGAAAAUCUAACAGGGAGCUAGCUAAAAUUGACCAAGAAAUUAGGGAAGUUGAAGCAGAGGUUAAUAAGAAAAGGCCAUCAUUCAUUAAGAGUAAAGAGAGAACAACACAUUUACAGAAAAAGUUAAACACUGCUAAAAAAUCUCUAGCUGAAGUAAAGACAGCCGCUGAAGCACAUGCUGAAGAUACCAGGCUACUUGAGGAAGAGCUUGCUGAAGUAAAUAGGAAGAGAGAAGAGUAUGAAUCAAACGAGAAGGAUGCUUCUCAAAGUCAAGGCAGGGAUAUCCAGUUGGAAGAAAACCAGGUUCAAGAAUAUCAUCAGCUUAAGAUUGAAGCUCAGAAAAAAUCAGCUCAGUAUCUGCAAGAUUUAGAUUCUAUUAACCGUGAACAGAAGGCUGAGCAAGAUGAAUUAGAUAAUGAAGUUAGAUUGAUGGUUCAGUUAGAGAGUCAAAUCAAGCAAAAAACCCAUGAAAAGGAAGAAGCCCAAAAACGAGUUGAUAAACUCACUGAUCAUAUAAGGAGUAGUGAACAGUCAUUAGAAGAACAAAAAAAGCUUCAACAAGACUUGCAAAGCGAUGUGGGAACCUCUAAAGACAAGGUUAAGGAAUUACAGGCAGAGUUAGAAUCAAUUAUGGAACAACUGGGAGAUGCACGAGUCGACAAGCAUGAAGAUUCAAGGAGGAAAAAGAAGCAAGAAAUUGUAGAGAACUUCAAAAAAAAUUUCCCUAAAGGAGUCUAUGAUCGUAUGAUCAAUAUGUGUCAUCCACAGCAUAAGAAAUUUAAUGUGGCUGUAACAAAAGUAUUGGGUAAAUAUAUGGAAGCUAUAGUAGUUGAUACUGAGAAAACAGCUAGACAAUGCAUUCAAUAUUUGAAAGAAAAUCUUCUAGAUCCAGAGACAUUUCUACCUCUCGAUUACAUACAGACAAAACCACUUAAGGAAAGAUUGAGGGCCAUCAAAGAUCCCAAAAACACUAGGUUGUUGUAUGACAUAUUGAACUUCCAUCCUCCUGACAUUAAACAGGCAGUAUUGUUUGCUACGAAUAAUGCUCUAGUCUGUGACACUCCUGAGGAUGCGAUGCGAGCUGCUUAUGAAAUUGAUUCCAACAGAUAUGAUGCGGUUGCAUUGGAUGGAACAUUCUAUCAGAAAUCAGGUAUCAUGUCAGGAGGUAGCUUGGAUUUAGCAAGAAAAGCUAAAAGGUGGGAUGAAAAGCAAAUGUCACAGUUAAAAUCUAAGAAGGAAAAAUUAACCGAUGAUCUCAGAGAAGCAGUGAAGAAGUCGAGAAAAGAGUCUGAAUUAAACACUGUGGAAUCGCAGAUUCGAGGAUUAGAAACGAGAAUCAGAUAUGCAAAAUCUGAUAAGGACAAAACUUUAAAACAAAUUGCUGAUCUUGAAAAAGAGUUGAAAGUUUUGGAGCAGCGUUAUGAAGAUAGUGGUCCUAGAAGAGAAAAGAUAGAAAAAUCUAUGGCAGAAAGAGACAUACGUAUCCAGGAUAUGAAGGAAAGGAUGAAUAGCGUUGAAGAUGUUGUUUUCAAGGAUUUUUGUACCAGGAUUGGGAUGGCAAACAUCCGUCAAUAUGAGGAGAGAGAACUAAGAUCUCAGCAAGAAAGAAUGAAAAAGAGAAUGGAAUUCGAAAACCAAAAAAAUCGAAUUGUAAAUCAGCUGGAGUUUGAAAAAUCUAAAGACAAAAAAAUAAGAGAUAAUGUAAUAAGAUGGGAAACAGCUGUAAAGGAUGAUGAGGAAGAGCUUAAUAUUGCUCGAAUGGCCGAGCAGAAACAACAGUUGGAUCUGGAAAAACAUAUGAAACAAAUUGAAGAAUUGAAAUCUAAACGUUUGUUGCAUAAGCAGGAGGCUGACAAGAUGGAAGAUGCCAUUGGAAAAGCCAGAAGAGAAGUUGGAUCUAUUGCUAAAGAUAUUCAAACCGCACAAAAAUCAGUCACGAAUAUUGAAUCAAAACUAGAAAUGAAGAAACUAGAAAGACACAGUAUUUUAAUGCAUUGCAAGAUGGAGGACAUAUCCAUCCCCAUGUUAAAAGGAAAUAUGGAAGAUAUUGGCCAAGAGUCCACAGCUAAUGACUCGAAUGCUGACUCUAGUGUGGGUGGUUCUCAACAAAUCCAUGAUAGAGAAAGCAGAAUUGUUGUUGACUAUUCUGGACUUUCUGAUAAUUUGAAAGACAUUGAUGACGAUGAUGUCAAGAAAGUUGGUGAUAAGUUGGCCAAAGUUAUCAACGAUCAAAAUUCUAUGUUACAAAAGAUUCAAGCACCUAACAUGAAGGCGAUUGAAAAACUUGAAUUGGCCCGUGGAAAACUUGCAGUUACAAAUGAAGAAUUUGAAGCAGCUAGAAGAAGAGCGAAAAAGGCCAAAACUAAUUUUGAAAGAAUUAAAAAGGAGCGAUAUGACAAAUUUACUGAAUGUUUUGAACAUGUCUCAAAUAAUAUUGAUAAUAUUUACAAAUCUUUGGCCAAAAAUCCAUCCGCACAAGCUUACCUUUCUUGUGAAAAUCCAGAAGAGCCUUACCUGGAUGGAAUAUCUUAUAACUGUGUUGCCCCAGGAAAAAGAUUUCAACCCAUGUCAAAUCUUUCUGGAGGAGAGAAGACAAUAGCUGCCCUGGCGCUUCUUUUCGCAAUUCAUAGUUAUCAGCCUGCUCCAUUCUUUGUAUUGGAUGAGAUUGAUGCUGCCCUCGACAACACAAAUAUUGGCAAGGUUGCUUCUUAUAUCCACGGUCUUCAAAACCUUCAAACCAUUGUAAUUUCUCUUAAAGAGGAAUUUUUCAGCCAUGCUGAAUCACUUAUUGGGAUUUGCCCUGAUGUUGGUGAUUGUUUGAUCAGUAGGGUUAUCACAUUGGACCUGUCUCAUUUUUCUCAACAUUGGUAAUAGAGCUGAUUUUAAUGUGGAAAUAUUUUAAAUUGUAUUUAUUAUAUUUUAUUGAAAAUUGUAUAUUAAUAAAAUAGUUUAUUUAUAGAUGUUGUAUAGUUUUUAAUAUGUCUGAAAGGGGGUUAAUGUUAACAAAUAUUGUUAUAUGUUAUGCAAAUGAUGAUUUAAAUUUAACGUUACUUGAUCAACAGGACAUUAGUUACAGUAAUGGAAUCAUUCCUUAUGUUCCUUUAUAAAAUUUAUGUUAAAACAUAGCCUACAGUUGUUCACUGGAUUUGUUCCACAAAAAAAUGUUUGGUUGGCAUGUCCUAAUUUUAAACUUUUUAAAAAGCUGAUUUAUUUGCUUAGAAUAUAGAAUAUAUAAUAUCUCAUAUUCUGAGUGUUUGUUUUAAUGUUUUACUCAAUUUUAUGUACUACCGUAUUCUUUUAUUUCAGCAAUUCCAAUUUUAAUGAAUUGUAUUUUAAUAAAGUUGAUUGUUUAUAUUUUUA